GCUAAGCCUUCAGUCCGUGAAUUAGUUGCGUGUUAAUCCGAUUUUCUCCAUUUCUUAUGAAGGGAGAGUCAGCGCACGUCUGUAGAGGUUUCUUUCCGGUGCGGCUCUCUUAUACGUCAUCAAAAUACACACUCCUUUGCUUCCUCUAACAAUGGCCAGCCCCGCUAGCUCUCUCCCUCUCUAUCAAAGAUUCACCCGGAGAAACUACAUUUCUCGAACCAUUGAACUUGUCAUCCUCUUCCUCCUCCUCUCUCUGCUGCUCCAUCGCCUCCUCUCUCCCAGAAUCCAUGGAUUCGCCUGGCUCCUGGCCUUUCUCUGCGAGUCUUGGUUCACUUUCGUGUGGGUUCUUGUUGUCAGCACCAAGUGGAACCAAGUCGAGUUCAAAACUUACCCUCACCGUCUCUUGCAAAGAUUGGAUAGGAAAGUGCAGCUCCUUCCGGUGGACAUGUUUGUGACAACGGCUGAUCCAGUCUUGGAGCCGCCAAUCCUCACUGUGAACACCGUGCUCUCCUUGUUGGCCGUCGACUACCCGCCCGAUAAGCUGGCCUGCUACGUCUCCGACGACGGCGGCUCUCCUCUCACCUUCUACUCGCUGGUUGAAGCCGCAAAGUUUGCCAGGCUCUGGGUUCCUUUCUGCAAGAAGUACGGCAUCCAGCUCCGGGCUCCCUUCCGGUACUUUUCCGGUCGGUCCUUGUCUUCUCAGGAUGCUUCGCCGGAGUUCCAGCAAGAGAGAAAGAGGAUCCAGUACGAGUAUGAACAUCUUUGCCGGAUAAUUGAAGGUGCAUCCAGAAGGCCUCUUCCUUGUGAGCUCGUUGGAGAGUUUAAGGAUUUCUCAAACAUACAACGUGGGAAUCACCCUGCCAUAGUUAAGGUUAUAUGGGAGAAUAAGGGUUCAGAUGAUGAAUCAGUGCCACAUCUUAUAUAUAUUUCCAGAGAGAAACGCCCCAAUCACCCACAUAAUUUCAAAGCUGGCGCCAUGAAUGUGCUUACAAGAGUUUCAGGAGUAAUGACAAAUGCUCCAAUUAUGUUAAAUCUAGAUUGUGACGCGUAUGUAAACAAUUCCAAAAUUAUUCUUCAUGCAAUGUGUUUGUUGAUGGGCAUCAAGAAUGAAAAAGAUUGUGGAUUUGUUCAAUCUCCGCAAUACUUCUAUGGUGGAUUGAAGGACGACCCAUUUGGAAAUCGAUUUGAGGUUUUCUUUCAGUACUUGGGGCAUGGAAUUGUGGGGAUUCAAGGACCCUUCUACCAAGGAACAAACUGCUUUCACAGGAGAAAAAUUAUUUAUGGCUUGUCACCAAAUGACAAUCGAAUCAAUGCGAAGUUGAAGAACAUUGAGGCAUUGAAGAGCAUUUAUGGAAGCUCAAUGGAGCUCACCACAUCAGUUGCUGAGAUACUGUCAGACUUGACGACUAGCACUUCACAUGAUGAUUUGUUGGGUUCCAUCGAGGCUGCUCACACUGUUGCUGGUUGUGGGUACGAGUGUGGUGCCAAAUGGGGCAGUGAGGUCGGAUGGAUGUACGGGUCUACAGCAGAAGACAUUCAAACUGGGACUUGCAUCCACGGGAAGGGUUGGAAAUCAGCCUACUGCACGCCUGACCCACCUGCCUUCUUGGGCUGUGCACCCACUGGUGGCCCUGCAACCAUGAUCCAAUAUAAGAGGUGGGCCACUGGGCUACUUGAAAUCCUGUUCGGGUCGAGAAGUCCACUCAUCUUUACGCUGAGAGGGAGGCUCCAGUUUCGACAAGCCCUGGCUUACUUAUACGUCCUUUUGUGGGGCCUACGAUCCAUUCCAGAGCUUUGUUACGCUGCCCUGCCGGCCUAUUGUAUCAUCGCCGACACUCAUUUCUUGCCCAAGGCAGGAGAUCCAGGCUUCUUGAUAACCAGCUUUCUCUUCCUCAUCUACAACUUCUACACUCUAUCUGAGUACUUGCGAACUGGCCUGUCAAUCCGCGCCUGGUGGAACAACCAGAGAAUGUCGAGAAUUGUCGCCAUGAAUGCCUGGUUCUUCGGAGCCUUGAGCGUUGGCCUCAAGCUCCUCGGAAUCUCGGACACUGUCUUCGAAGUCACCCAGAAGGAACAGCCAGGUACGGGCGACGACAAGGAUGCCGACGCCGGGAGGUUCACAUUCAAUGACUCCCCAAUAUUCAUUCCUGGCACCACCGUGUUGCUGGUGAAUCUGGUGGCUCUGGCCGCCGCAGUGCUAGGGUUCCGCCCUGCUCGCGCUCGCGGCGGAGGCGGGUUCGGGACUGGGGAGAUUGUUUGCAGCGUCUGUGUGGUGCUGCUUCUCUGGGCGUUCUUGAAGGGCUUGUUUGGGAGAGGGAAAUAUGGGAUUCCAUUGCCGACCAUCUACAAGUCAGCGGCUUUGGCAACGUUGUUUGUGCAGUUAAGCAAAAUGGGCUCCUCCAGUUGAGUCUUCUGUGAUGAUUUGCUAUGGUUGCUGGGCAUAUUUGAUUGAUAGUUUCACUUUUCAGUGCUGGCCGGUGUCACAAAGGCUUUCAUGGAAAAAAAAGUAGUCUUGUUUUCAUUUUGUUGAAUUGUUAUAUAUAUUUGUGAAGCGUGUGGUUAUAUUACAAAAUAUGUCAAAAAAAUGAAAACUGAAAUCAUUUUGAUGUGAUCUAUCUCAAAAAAAUGAAAAUGAAAAAUGAAAAAAUUAAAUUCA